UGUUGCUCGCAUAUGAUGGCAUAUGAAGUGAAUCAUAUUGCUAUCAAAGGGAAAGAAGUUACUUCGGCUAAAUUUAUAGCAUGUAAGCAGUGGAUUAUGGCUGGUUGCUCUAGUGGAUUUAUAUAUGUGUACAGUUAUGAUCCAGUAAAGAAAACUCCAGUAAAGAAAAUACGAGUUCUGCGAGGACACUCGAAAUAUGUCAAUUCUUUGGCAGUGCAUGCAACUGAGCCCUAUGCGCUGUCAGCAUCCCAAGAUGGCAAAAUUUUGAUCUGGGACUAUGAAAGAAACUGGGAGUUAACGAGAACAGUUAAUGCCAAUAGCCUUUCUGCAGAACACGUCGACUUUAACGACUAUGGCAAUGACUGGGAAUUGAUGAAAACAGUUCAUGCCCAAAGCCUUUCUGUAGAGCAUGUCGCGUUUAACCCAAAGGAUGACAAUAUGUUUGCUAGUGCUCAGGAUAAAACAGUAAAGAUAUGGGAUCUACCUUCUGGUGAAUGUAAGCACAUAUUGUCUGGGCAUUCAGAUUUGGUGGUGUGUUUGAAUUACUUCAGUCUGGAUGAUAAGCUAUACUUGAUCACCGGUUCGCAAGACAGAACUGCCAAGAUCUGGAACUGCGGUACAGGGAGGUGUGUCCAAACACUGAAAGGGCAUACAGAUGUCGUUAAGAUUGUCUGUUGCCAUCCGGAUCUUCUAAUACUAAUUACAGGUUCAUGGGAUGGGUCAGUUCGUCUGUGGGACUCGACCACCUUCCGACAUGAGCAUACGUUCAACUUUGACCUCGGAGAAGUAUAUGCUAUAGCAAGUUUGAAGGGAUCAACGAGGAUUGCGAUUGGAAAUGAAAAAGGAUUAGCACUUGUAGAAAUAGACUUGGAGGACAAGAAGGAAGGUGGUGUGGAGAGCACUGUCGCAGUCUUAGGUUCCAAGAAAGACACAUACCUGGAGGACAAGAAGGAUGGCGGUGUGGAGAGCAGCAUCACUAUCGUGGGUUUCAAGAAAGACAUGGGUCGAAUGAUCAAAAAGAUAAGCUCAAUUGAACCCCUCGAGUUGCGGUUCCCCGUUGCGCAAAUGGUGUCACGCACAAUGGAGAUAUGCAACAUUACAGAUUACCACGUGGCAUUCAGUAUAUGUUCAAAUAGCAAUACAGCGAAAUGCACCAUAUUACCAAGCAGAGAAGUUCUUUCACCGAAGUCAAAGCUAGAUGUUCUCGUAACCUUUUCUUUUCAAGGAAAACGCAGAUGCUUCAAGCCCAAGGAGGUAGUCACCGUGAAGUGCACCGCUGUGGAGGAGAGUUUGACGAUCACAGAUGUCACUGAUGACAUGUUCAAAACAGAAACGGGCCGAAAUGUGUAUCAUGUGGAGCUGGCCAUAGUUUUUGUAGCCUCCAAGGUCAUAUACAAAGUAAAAUCGGUGUCAACAGUGGACGUGCAUCCAAGAAAUCCAUGGAUGCUCGUUACUCAAGGAAAGAAGUGUUUUCGAAUGAACUACCAUACACAGGAAGUGAAAUUGGUUGAGUUGAAGUGGGGAGAAGUUUGUUUGGCUAAAUUUAUAGCCCGGGAGCGAUGGAUUAUCGCGGGUUUUACCAGCGGAGUCCUAUGUGUGUACAGUUGUGAUUCACGAAAGACAAUCCGUGUUCUGCGUAAACACUUAACAUCUAUCAAGUCUUUGGAUAUCCAUGAAACUGAGCCGUACUUGCUGUCAGCAUCCGAUGAUGGCAUAAUUUUGCUCUGGGGCUAUGAAAAGGGCUGGCGUUUGAUGAAAAAAUUUGAUGUCCAUAUGGGCUAUGAUAAAGACAAUAUUGUGGAGCAAGUCAAGUUUAACCCAAAGGACACCCAUAUGUUUGCCAGUUGCCAGCAGAGUAACAUAAAGAUAUGGAAUCUGCAUACUGGUCAAUGUAAGAGAUUACGCUUGUGGAUGUCAGGCGUUCUGUCUUUUGAUUAUUUCAGUCGGUUUGAGAAGCUAUAUUUGAUCACUGGUUCACAGGACAAAACUGCGAAGUUGAGUCAGAUCUGGGACUACGAGACAGAGAGUUGCAUUCACACAUUGGAAGGUCAUACAGAUGUUGUUAAGAUUGCCUAUUGCCAUCCGGAUCUUCCAAUACUAAUUACAGGUUCAUGGGACGGGUCAGUUCGUCUCUGGGACUCCACCACCUACCGGCUUGAGCGCAUACUGGACUUUAAGCUUGGAAAAGUGAAUUCUAUAGCAUGUUUCAAGGGAUCGACAAGGAUUGCGAUUGGACAUGAUAAAGGAUUAGUGCUGGCAGACAUUGGCCUUGGAGAGUUCAGUCCAUGCAUGAUAAGACCAUCUCUAGUGCUGCAAGCGAAUUCGAGCCCGUCUGUUAUACUACAGGAUGCAGCAAGAAGGCACAUUGAGUUGAACCGACAAUUGCGUUUGGUAGAGCAUGAGCAUGGCCCAACCAUGGGAAGAAGAUGGAGUAUGGGGAGCUACUAUGCUUAAUCUUUUUACUAGUAUGGUUAUGUUAGUACUUUGGUUAGCCGAGCAUGCAGAGUGAAGUGCGGCGGCAGAGGUGGUAGAGCGCUGCUAUCUGUUCUGUUCUAUUGGGGUUCGAUUCUAGUGCUAGUCCACAUUGCAGGAAAUAAAAUGCGGCAGCCUGUCAGGAUUGCUCGAGUGACUACUGUUGGUUGUCGCAAGUUGAACAUUAUUCUUGGUUCUACAAAAAAACUACUAGUAUUUGUAGUAUGACUCAUUGGCUGUAAUGACCAUACACUGAGAUGAGUAUUGGCUGCUGUUUUA